AUGGCGCCGAACACCCAAGCCGAUCCUAUCGCGUACGAGCAAUCUGUUUUCCAGGCUGGCCUGCACUCAGCUCGCCCGCCUUUCACCUUCCAGCCGUCGAAAUGGGAGGAAAUGGCCCGGAACGUCCUAUCAGCCAACUCCUGGGGGUACAUCCACGGGAAUGCCGGCGCUGGACAGACGUAUCAGAAGAACCUGGCAUCUUUUUCUCGUUGGUCAAUCGUCCCGCGGCGCCUCGUGCCGAGCCGUAAGGAUGAGAAUGGGAAUGAGCUCUUCAGCAACACCGCGACCACGGUGCUAGGCCAGAAGCUGAGAUUUCCCGUUGCGAUAGCGCCGAUUGGAGUCCAGAGAAUCUUCAACCCGGAUGGAGAGAGCGCUACGGCGAAGGCUGCGGCAUCGGUCGACAUUCCGUAUACUCUCAGCACGGCGAGCAGCACGAGCAUCGAGGAAGUUGCCAAGGCCAAUGGAGAUGGCGUGCGCUGGUAUCAGCUGUAUUGGCCAAGCCGGGAGCACGACGAUAUCACCAUCUCCCUGCUGAAUAGGGCAAAAGCAGCAGGAUACACAGCCCUCUUCGUCACCCUGGAUACUUACGUGCUAGGCUGGCGGCCGUCGGAUAUGGACAACGGCUACAAUCCUUUCAUUCAUGCAGACAGAAUUGGUGUGGAACUCGGCUUUACCGACCCAGUUUUCCGGAAGAAGUUCAAGGAGAAGCAUGGCUACGAAAUCGGCGAAGCCACGGACCACGAGCCGUCUGACAUGGGCCGUAGCAUCUCUCAAGCGGCACAAGAAUGGACAAAGAUUGUAUUUCCCGGUCAUUCACACAGCUGGGAGGAUUUGGAGCUCCUGAAGAAGCACUGGGAUGGUCCUAUCGUGUUCAAGGGCAUUCAAAGCGUUGGCGACGCGAAGAGGGCGGCUGAGGCAGGAGUCCAGGGAAUCGUUGUCAGUAACCACGGAGGCCGACAACAAGAUGGUGGUAAUAGCAGUCUAGGAGUCCUGCCGCGGAUUGUGGACGCCGUAGGAGACAAGCUGGAGGUCAUGUUCGACAGCGGAGUUCGGUGUGGGGCGGAUAUCAUGAAGGCGCUCGCUCUUGGGGCAAAGUGCGUCUUCAUUGGCCGGCCAUAUGCGUACGGACUUGCGAUUGGGGGUGAAGAGGGUGUUAGACACGUCCUUCGAGCAAUGUGCGGCGAUUUGCUCAUGAACAUGCAUCUUGCUGGGGUACGGGAUCUGGACGAACUGACGAGAGAUAAUCUUGUGAAAGAGGACGAGUUGUUUUAA